AGCCGAGCCGCUGGCCGCGGGCGGGACUCCUCUCCGGCGGGCGGGCGGGCGCCGGAGCCUGGGGGCCGCCGCUUCCCCCUCCCGCUCGGCGGAGGCGCCUGCCCCCUCCUCCCCGCGCCGUCCCCACUCGCACCCCCGCCGCUGUCAAACCCAAACCCUGCGGUUGCCUGCAGGAGCGGCAGCAGCGGGCAGGCCGGCGAGGAAUAGCCUGGGGCGCGGCCUCACCUCGCCUCGCCCGCAUCAGCACCGCGGACAGCACCGCGGCCGGACCCAGGAGCCCGCGGGGCCCCCUGCCCACCGGCGCCCGGGACCCCGGCGCCGCAUCAGCACCACGGACAGCGCCCAGGACCCCAUUUCACAGCCGCCGCCAUCCCACCUGCGGACGGCGCCGCGGACAGCCGCCUUGGCCAACCCCUCAGUGGGCUCGAGCGGUCAGCACCCCCGGAACAUGGCCACCGAGGUGCACAACCUGCAGGAGCUGCGGCGGAGCGCGUCCCUGGCCACCAAGAUCUUCAUCCAGAGGGACUACAGCGACGGCACCAUCUGUCAGUUCCAGACCAAGUUCCCCCCGGAGCUGGACGGCCGGAUUGAGCGUCAGCUCUUUGAAGAGACCAUAAAGACCCUCAACGGCUUCUACGCGGAGGCGGAGAAGAUCGGGGGCAGCUCCUACCUAGAGGGCUGCCUGGCCUGCGCCACUGCCUACUUCAUCUUCCUCUGCAUGGAGACCCACUACGAGAAGGUUCUCAAGAAGAUCUCGCGCUACAUCCUAGAGCAGAAUGAGAAGAUCUUUGCCCCUCGAGGCCUCCUGCUCACGGACCCCGUUGAGCGUGGGAUGAGGGUUAUCGAGAUCUCCAUCUACGAGGACCGGUGCAGCAGCGGCAGCUCCAGCAGCGGCAGCAGCAGCAGCGGCAGCGGAAGCAGCAGCGGCGGGGGCGGCGGGGCGGGGUCCCGGUGACUGGCCGAAACUCCCUGCAGGGAGGUGUACGGCCGGACCCCGGGCCUUGCAGACCUGCGGCGGCUGCGCUACCAGAGCACCCGCUUCUGAGUCCGACUGUGGGCCCACUUGCUGCCCAGGCGGGCGGGCGGGCGGGCGGGAGGGGGACUGGCCAGGGUUGGCCGCAGGCCAUCCGCCACGCACCCUGCCGUGGCCCCGGGAAGGACGGUCCUCCUCCUGACCUGGCUCUUCCCCGUAAGGCUGGUCCGGGUCACACGGAGGCUGGGGUGGGGACAACACAAUCUGGACAAUCCACUUCUUCUGCAGCAGCACUCUUAAUACCCCGAGAGGGCCCGGGCGUGUAACACAGAGAAUCCCCGUCCUGCAUGAUUCCUCGCCCCAUGUCUCCCGUCCCCAGGACACUCUCCCCUGGGGGCCCUGCGCCCCACGGCUGACUCCCCGUGUCUGUGCUUCCUGAUGUCACGCUGGGCCUCUGCCUGUCUGUGAUCCUGCCUCCACCUGCCUUGAGGCCUGGGGAGAUGGGAGUGGUCAGACCACAGGCGCCUCCGUGGUGGAGAGCUAGCUGUUCAGUCCCCUUCUGAACGCCUUCAGACCCAGGGCUCCCUGUCCCCCACCAAAGCCUGAGGCCACGUUGGCCUUGCCAAGAAGCAUCCAGCUCCCCGGACUCUGUGGGCAGCGGGUCUGGGACACAGCCGGGCUCUGGGGGUGAUGUGGGGUCCCGGGGAGGCUCCAUGGAGAGAUGCAGCCUUGGGGGCUCGAACCGCCAGAACCGAAUCCAGCUUUCCGAGGUUAGAACCCGCACGUAUGUGAGCAUGAGUGGGGGCACAUGUAGGAUGAAUGUGAGUGCACUCUGUGCGUGAAUGCAUGUGUGUGUAGGUGUGUGACUGCAUGUGAGUGCACCUAGGUGUGAGUGUGCCCACAUGUGAGUGCAUGUUGUGUGUGAGAGUGCACUGUAUGUUCCCCCUGGCUGCGAGGCAGAUGACUGCCCCUCUCUGCAUCCUGUCUUACCUUCCAGCGUGACGGUCUGUGGCUGCUGCUCUGCAUGGGCCCAGAACCCCUUGCAAUACACUCUGUAAAUACAUGCCCUCGAGCCCCUCGCCCCUUGCCCCUACCCCUGCCCCUGCCCCUGCCCCUGCCCUGUGGCUGCCAGCUUGGCUCUUCUUCCAGGCCUUUUCCCUACCUGCAAGGUUCUCCUUACCACCUGACGCCUCUGUGCACAUGCUAGCAGAAGAGAAUUUGGGGUUCUAGGAGAGCAGAGCCCCCCUGGGGGCUUCCGUGCCCCUGUCCCAGCCCCCAUGACGAGGCAGCAGGGCCACAGACCCUGCACGCUCAGCCCGCCCACCCUCCGGGGUCUCUAAGGCUCAGUGAGGCCUCCUCGGACAUUCAGAGGAGCCGGCCGCCUGCAGGGAAAAGGCAAACCUCUUUCUGGAGAGGAAAGAGGGACGUCCAGCCCGUACGUCCCUGCUGCGAAGGCUCAGGGUGCCCGAGGAAGGAGGCUGCCUGUCCGGGUGCCCUGCAGGUGGACCCCGGAGGCUGCCUGCCCCGGGGGCUGGAGGUGCUGGGAGGGGAGAGGAGAGACCAGCCACCGCAGGCAGCUUUCUGAAACCGGGGAGGGCCUGGUUUCCUUGGUCACAGGAGCAACACGCGCCCCCCCCCCCCCGAGGGUUAGGGAGGGUGUCCCAGCUCCUGAGCCCAAGUGGGUUCUGAUCCAGAGUCACCUGAGAGCUGCAGUCCAGUGGGCUCCUCCAUAGCUCCCUGACCCGGGCCCCGGCCUGAGCCCACCCCAGCCCACUGUGCCUCUCCAUGGGAUGGCUGGGCACAGGUGACUCGGUGGCCUUUUGUUAUUUCUUUUUCCAAUAAAAGAACUUGCUGAGCUUGA